AUAUACGUACAACAUAUCCAUAUAUAUACAUUUCCAGCUGAAAAGACGCCAUUAAUUGGAUAAUCCAUUGACCUUCAAUCUCCUCCGCAAAAUCACUGGUCUAAACGCCGCUCAUUAGGGUUUCCAUUUUUUCCGUCGCCAAUCGUGCUCUGCCCUCCCAUUCAUGUGUCGAUCUGAUCUGAUCGGAUACCGCCGGAAAAAUAUAAUCUCUCCGUGAUCAUUUCUUUCCCAUCUUUAUUUUUUUAUUUUAUUUUUUUCUGUUUAAUUCGGCCUGUGCAUAGUUUAUGACUGUGUAGAGAAAUCCGGUGAAAGAUUGGUGAGCUUUGAAUCGAAGAGCAUCGAACAAUGCAUUCGGUGCCUUCCAACGAUCUCUUUCUCGGCGCGCGCCCGCACUUCAGCUCCUUUUAUGGCGGCUCGUCUUCCCAUCGCCUGAAACAUUUGCAGAAAAGCGAUCGGCGUGGUAAUCUUAGUAGUUAACGUUUUGCCGUAUAUUUUUAGCUGGUUUUAGCAUCGGUUGAUUUCAGAUCGAGGUUUUUUUUGGAGCUGGUUUUGUCAAUUUCUGACGGGGCGUUAACUUGUCGUGACGUUGCUGAUAAGAUUGGAUUGAGUUUGUAUUUGGAAACUGAGCUAAUCUGAGCUAUUGGAUCUCUGAUUUUAUCUCCUUUGGGUAUAUUGUCUCGAGCAUAUUGCUUAGUAAAUUUCGUGGCAAGGAAAUAAACUCAGUUGUUGCUAUAGUAGAUGGAAGUGUCUGUUCCUGGCAAUACAUCGCAUUCCUUGGAUAGUAGCUGUGGGUCUUUGACUGCCGAUCCACACAAUCUAAUCCAGAACAACUCAGAGGAUCUUUCUAUGAGUGACCUCAAAACAUGUUUGACCGAGCUUCUGAACAUUGACGAGAACGGACUAUCAACCAGUGGCUCUCACCUUUCUCCCGAGAAGAAUUGUACUGGAAAUGCGGUGAGAGAAUCUGAUUGCAAAGACUUGGGCAAGAAUGUCUGUGGUGGUAGGGCUACUGUAAAAUGCUUAAGCAAAUGCGCCACAUUUCCGCCUGUUCAUGAACCUAAAUCUUCCGGAGAUGUCAUAGUGGGUGAGAAAGGAAAGCACGUGGAAGAUACAACUAUUGAAGUCUCUGAAGGAAACGGCUCUACUAAACCUGCUAAUCCAUGUUAUGCACGAUCCACAUCGUUGCCAGUUCCCCUGAAGCUCAUAUCCGCUAUGAAAGGCAGCCGUGAAAAGCACAACAAUGGUACAUCACCCAAGAAGCUAUCCGUGGUGUGGGCUCCCGAUGUUUACGACCCGAUUCCAACUUCGGUCUCACACGUACCGACUGACAGGAACCAACGCCAUCGGAAUAAUGGCAGAAAAUCGGGAAAAUACAAGCAGAAGAAUAGCGGCAAAUCAUCAUCCUCACGAGGUGGCAAGAGCAAGGACAAGAAACAGGCCCGGAAAAGCUCUGGCGGGCCAAGUAAUAGUAAUGGUAAGCUCAAACAACCUUUUCCUAUUGGGGGUGGAAUUGUUUUGGGCCGAAGUUUGGAUUACAAUGUUGUCGGGGGCCCGGACCCGUUAUGCGGGAGUAGUUUUCUGAAGGAGUCGGUCACCAAGUUGCAUUUUCCUGUUGCUGAGGCUACUUGAUGGGUGGGUGUGGCUUUUCUUGUUUGUCUGUGACUCUGUUGUGUCAUU